AUGGAGAGCAAAGAGGAACCUCAAGCAAUAUGCAGCGGUGUCCGAGUGGUUAAGGAGAUUGACUCGAAAUCAAUUGGGCUCUGCCCGCACAGUUACAAUGGUGAGGAUUACAACAGAGGCAGCGGUGUCCGAGUGGUUAAGGAGAUUGACUCGAAAUCAAUUGGGCUCUGCCCGCACAGUGAACCUGGUAGCCGUGACAUAAUGAUUGGAUGUAACCAUGGUCAGGACAACAGAGGCAGCGGUGUCCGAGUGGUUAAGGAGAUUGACUCGAAAUCAAUUGGGCUCUGCCCGCACAGUUACAAUGGUGAGGAUUACAACAGAGGCAGCGGUGUCCGAGUGGUUAAGGAGAUUGACUAG